AUGUCCUCGGCGGACACGAUAAGCACGGCUAUCGCUCGGAGCAAUAUUCAGGUGGCGCGUGUGCUUAACCGUAUACGUAGACUAGGAUUAGAGGUCUCAGUGGAGAAAACGGAGGCCAUAGUUUUCUAUGGGAAAAACAGGCCUCCUCGCACAGUUAGAUUGCAGGUGGACAGAGAAGAUAUCGAAGCGAAGCCCACGCUAAAAUAUCUGGGGAUCAUGUUAGACGGUCGGUUUAAUUUUCGCCCCCACUUUGAGUAUGUGGAGGAUAAAAUAGGCAAAGUCAAUAGGGCGUUAGGCAGACUGAUGCCCAAUUUAAGAGGGCCUAAUGAAAAUAAGAGAAGACUGUACGCUCAGGUUGUUCUUUCCAUCUUCUUAUAUGGUGCCCCUGUGUGGAACGAGGCUUUCGUUGCUUCUAGGAGUUCUCAAAUAACAAUUAAUAGAGUUUUGCCUAAUACCAGACGGAGAGUAUACGAUCGAACGAAAGAUCUCAGAAACAGCAACAGAUGGUCUAAAAAGGCCGAGUUGGAGAUUAAAACGGACGAGGACUUGCUCCUCCGCCGCCAAUGGGAAGUGUACUGUGAAAACCCCAACUUGGCUGGCGCACGAACUAGAGAAGCUAUUCUUCCCCACUUCCAGGAGUGGAUAAGCAGAAAGCACGGAAGCUCUUCGUUCAGAACCACACAGUUGCUCACCGGUCACGGCUGCUUUGGAACUUAUCUCUACAGGAUUGGCAAAGCCUCGAUGCCCUACUGCGAGCACUGCAACGUGCAAAAUGUCGAAGAUUCUCCCGAACACACACUGAGAGACUGUACGGCAUGGGAAGAAAACAGAAAUAAACUUUGCGAGAGCCUAGAGGUGAAUGUAGACACGCUCUCCUUGGAGAAAAUAAUCCAGCAGGUUCUCUGUUCCAAGGAGAAAUGGGAGGCUUUCGCUGAAUUUGCGAACGUGGUUAUGCUCCGAAAAGAAGUUGCCGAGAGGGCUAGACAGGAAGAGGAGGCCAGGAGAGUAAACAACACUCUUCUUGAUGGGUCAGGUUCCGACGACUCCUGA